AUGUUCAGUGGAUUCUCAGCCUGGUUCGCACCAGAGUUGCGCUCUUACAAGCAGACCUGGGUCAACCAUGGCGGUGCGGUGAAGGGGCUUGCAGACGCUGAUAUAGCCUUUGUCACCGACAAGACGUCUUCUAGUGAAGCAAGUUGCAAGCCAACGAUGAAGAUCUUGCGACCAGAUUGGAUUGAAGACUCUAUCCGUGGCCAGAAGCGCCUUUCUUUGAAGCGAUACAAGAGCGUGUUUCCCGGCUUGUCGAGAUUUGACUCAUCGGAGCAGAGCAAUAUGGCGGUCGGGAUGGACGCAUUCAACAGCACCAAGGUCAUAACGCUAGACAAGUCGUGGCAGCCUCAUCAACCGGAACCCGAGAUUGAGGAUCUUUCAGUGACACCCAGUAGCGGUGGUGCGUCUUCGCACAGAGCAGAUCCGACUCUGGGCAGCGUUGGAGGAAGGCGAAUCCAAUCAUCCUUCCAGCAGAGUCGCUCUGACUCUGUAUCAGCAGGAAGUGCGCGGACAAUUCCGCUAACCAUAUCGGAAGCGGAGAAGGUAGUCAAUGGAGAAGCGGAGAAGGCAGUCAAUGAGGAAGCGGAGAAGGACGAAAUCGCAGGAAGAGGUGGACUGGAAGAAGAGCCGGUGGUUGCUACUCAAGCUUUCUUUUUGUCGCAGGCUUUUCGAUCGAGUGAUGAUGAGUAUCAGCCUCCAGAACAGGAUGUGUCUACGGACAAUAUGGAGGGUGCUGAGAUCGUGGGUGACUCUGCUCCAUCAGAACCACGAUCAGUUUUGCCAGACGUGAUUCCGCAAGCGCCAAAAAGGAAGAGACGGCUCCCACCGUCAAUAGUGAAAACCAAGAGGUAUGCCAACAAGUAUUUUGCCCCUUUUGAGAGCGUGAAUUACUGCACUACAUUCUCAAACUAA